AGUGUGUAGGAAGUGUACGAUUUGAAAGAAGUGUUGGCUAAUUCAAUUCGUGCUAGUCUAUGGUGCUAGUCAGCUGCAUAUAUUUCCGGAAGCCAUAAGGUAGAUACUAGUCCAUUCAAUCUUUCACAUUGGUCAGUAUUUUAGUAAGUGAACACGAUGGCAGCGAGAUAUGAUAGAGCUAUUACUGUAUUUUCUCCCGAUGGUCAUCUCUUUCAAGUGGAGUACGCCCAAGAGGCUGUCAAGAAAGGAUCCACGGCUGUCGGCAUAAGGGGUAAAGACAUUGUUGUUCUGGGUGUUGAAAAAAAAUCUGUGGCAAAACUGCAAGAGGAGAGGACAGUCCGCAAAAUCUGCGUGCUGGACGAACAUGUCUGCAUGGCCUUUGCAGGUUUGACUGCAGACGCACGCAUUGUCAUAAACAGGGCUCGAGUGGAGUGCCAGAGUCACAGACUGACUGUGGAAGACCCCGUCACAGUGGAGUACAUCACAAGAUACAUUGCCACCCUUAAGCAGCGUUACACUCAGAGCAAUGGGCGCAGACCGUUUGGCAUAUCUGCUUUGAUCGUGGGCUUUGAUUACGAUGGGACUCCCAGACUCUAUCAGACAGAUCCAUCCGGCACCUACCACGCUUGGAAGGCUAAUGCCAUUGGUCGUAGUGCGAAAACUGUGAGGGAAUUCCUGGAGAAGAAUUACACAGAGGAGGCCAUUACUGGUGACAAUGAGGCCAUCAAACUGGCUAUUAAAGCUUUACUGGAGGUGGUGCAGUCAGGUGGAAAGAACAUUGAGCUGGCUAUCAUUAGGAGAAAUCAACCACUGAAGAUUUUGGAGUCAAAAGAGAUUGAAACGUUGGUGGCAGAGAUCGAGAAAGAGAAAGAAGAGGAGGCUGAGAAGAAAAAACAGAAGAAGUCCUCUUGAAGCCCCAGUACUUACACUUGUCCUGAUGUUUACAUUUUUUUCCACAAAAUGUUGGUCCUAGACGCUAGCUAUUUAUUUUCCACAUGUAACCGUCUUAACAGUCACGUAUCAGACUGAGGUUGUCGGCCUUUUCGAGUAAUAAAACACCCUUUCAACAUGUUA